GGGAACCAUCUCGGUUAGAGCACUCCAGUCCUUACAUCAUUCAGAGUUACCAGAAUGACCAGAUCAUAACCCUGGGAAAGUCCAUCACCCGCUUGAAAUGUGGAGACGCCGAGAGUGGGGUAGCACAGUCAGAGGGACAGAAUGAACGCUGCUCGCUGCUUCUGGGUGAAGGGGCGGGACCUUUGCGUGAGCCGGUGGGUAUCCCUCCGGAUGUUUCGUGUUUCUGAGAGAGGGGGCAGGUUUAACCCUCACCCCCCAGGGCUCGUAAAUUCUGGGGAUUCCCCCCCCCGUCCCCCGUCCCCCGGAACGUCAGCCAGGCCGCCCCCUCCGGUAGCUCGGGCUAAACCCUGAGCUAGUGAGGGCAGUCUCUCAGUUCACUGUGAGAACGGCCCGGGUAUAGAGAGGAUGGAGAGCUGGCUUCUGCUACUGGUGCUCCUCCCGCUGGUAAAGGCGUCCUCGGACAAGGACUGUCCUGCAGGCUGGUAUUUGAAUUCUAAGGAGCAUGUAUGCACCCUCUGUCCAGCAGGAUCGUACACAGAGAACCCAAAUCAUGGCCAUUUCUGCAACAGGUGCCAACAGUGUACUGGAGGGAAAUUUUUGACCUUAGAACCCUGUACAUCGACCUCCAACACCAAGUGUCGAUGUGUCAAGGGUUUCAUGUGUGCAAAUAAAGAGUGCAGCUCCUGUCAAGCCCAUAAAGUGUGCAAGAAAGGACAACAAGUGCAACAGAAAGGUGACUCCUUCAGGGACACAGUUUGCAGUAACUGUAGGAAUGGUACAUAUUCCAACACAGAGGGUGGAGUCUGUAAACCAUGGACUGACUGCUUGGAAAAAGGUCUCCAAGUUCUGAGGAAUGGUUCACAGACGGAGGAUGUAAAGUGUGGAGCUCCAAUGACAACCCCACAGCUUCUGACCACCUCAGUCCGACCUACAAUCAGAAACCCCAGGCAGCCAGACGAUCCAUUGAUUGAAGGUGCAACAAAGAAUGAGGGCACUGUUGGGAUUGUCGCUUUAAUAUUGCUCUCAUGCACCUUCAUCCCGUUCACUUUGUACUUUGUUGUACAGAAUAGAAAAAAACAGAAGCAUCUGCCACUGGAUGUAACAAAUCACGACGAUCCUCCUGUGGCCCUGGUGACAGCAGCGGAUGAUCGGUGCAGCUGUCAUUGUCCAGAAGAGGAGGUGGGAGACUGGCAGCUGCGGCAGGAGACCAACCCCAAACCUCCAGAAUGGGGUUGUGCCUCCUCCAGUCUGAGCAGACACUAACCCUUGCUGCCCUUGUGAUCAGUUCAUUGUGAAAUGGUGGAAGAAGCAUGAGGUCAACAACUUUCAAAGUGAUUCAUUUCUAGAAAGUCAAAGUAACUGUCCAGAAAGAACUGGAUUUAUUUAAAGAACCUGGCCUUUUUCCUUUCUAGUAAAUAGAUGAAUGUUAAGUUUUGUGGAACAGCCAGUCCAUGAUAAUCACAUGGUCACAUUAAGAAUCACAGAUCACCACCCCUUUUUGCUUCAAUUUCUGUGUAACCAGACACAUGUCAGUCAGGUGUUAAGACCAGGACCCUGCAACUCUUUUCUGAUUGAGUUAAGGCUUUAGUAACUGUGUCUAGCAGAUCUGCAAAGCCUCACAUUCAAACUAAUCGGCAAAAGGGGAGAGAGGGUAAAAUUUGCUUCAGUUUACACAAUAAACAUGCACUCCAUAGGAGGGUGAGAAAAAGAUACAAUAAGAACGUUGGAAAAGAGAAUUGAUAAGUACUUGACAAGAGAAACAAGGUGCAGCACUUUAAAACGGCUGGUACAG